AUGGAACAUAUGGAACUACUUUCCGAGAACGGAAAUCAUGGCGUAGUGAAUUACUUGCCACAUUAUGGAGUAACACGCGAAGAAAGUACUACAACAAAAAUCAGAGUGGUGUUUGACACCUCCCGUAAAACGUCCUCAAGUCAAUCGCUGAAUGAUUUAUUGAUGGUGGGCCCUAAGAUCCAACAAGAGCUCAUGGAAAUUUUGAUUCGGUUCCGACAGCAUAAUUAUGUCUUGAUCGCAAACAUUUCUAAAAUGUUCCGUCAGAUCAAAAUAAACAAAAGGGAUAGAGCCCUACAGAGAAUCCUCUGGCGAGAUGAUCCCAGAGAUACCAUUCUUAAGUUUGAGUUAACAACGAUAACUUAUGGUACGGCCUCUGCACCGUAUCUUGCUCAAAGGUGUCUUAAACAACUAGCACUCGAUAACUCUCAAACGUAUCCAGGAGCAGCAGCGACUAUUCAGAAUGAUUUCUACAUGGACGACUUGAUUACAGGGAGUGAUUCUGUAUCGCAUCUACAGCAGCUAAAACAAGAAGUAGUGAAGAUUUUGGCCACAGUUGGACUGGAGCUCCGGAAGUGGAACUCUAACGUGUUGGAAUUAUUAUCAAACUCCGAAAACGAAAGGCCUCUUGCAUCCAAGGAGGAAGUGAAGACGUUGGGAAUUCAUUGGAACGCGCAGGAAGAUAUGUUCAAAUUUAAGGUGACAAUACCUAGAGAAGUUUGGCCAGUCAUAGUAAAGGCCAAACUGUUCAUGAGAAGCCUGUGGAAAUUAAGCGUGAAUUGGGAUGACAAAUUACCAAGUGAAUUUAUGCUCGAGUGGAAUUCCUACAAGGAAAGACUGGAAGUUAUGGAAGAAAUACAGGUACCACGUCAAGUAGUAAUCAAGAACGCCAUCAAGGUGGAAAUGCAUGGAUUCUGUGAUGCGUCGCAGGUGGCUUAUGGAGCCUGUAUUUAUUUGUGUUCUAUAGAUACAACGGAAAAAAGAACCGUACGAUUACUAACGUCUAAAUCACGUAUAGCGCCCAUGAAGAUUAUCUCAAUCCCAAGAUUGGAAUUAUGCAGUGCAGUACUACUGGCGAAUCUCACUAACAAAAUAAGGAGUGUUAUGACAUUCCCGAUAAGCAAGUAUGUCUAUUGGAGUGACUCUAGUAUUGUUAUCCAUUGGAUUCGAGGUGAGCCAAACAAUUACAAAGUCUUUGUAGCGAAUCGGAUGGUAGAGAUCCAAGGCUUAACACGUCAAGAGGAAUGGCUUCAUGUAGGAACAAAGUCUAACCCUGCGGACAUGCUGUCUCGAGGUAUGGAUCCUCGGGAAUUACCCUAUUCAGAAAUAUGGUGGUCCGGGCCAUCGUGGUUACAAGCAAGCCCGGAUCAAUGGUCACAGGAAUUUAUUAUGGAACGACAAGACGGAUUAGAAGAAAGAUCCCGAGAGAGGGUCUUGGUAACGAUCCAUGAAGAAGGAUGCAACCUGUUAGACAAAUUUUCGUCACUAUCCAAAUUGAGGCGGGUGGUAGCUUACUGUUAUAGAUUCGUGGAAAACGCAGGAAAGUCAACGCAACGAAGUAGUGGACCCUUAAAGGUAGAGGAAUUGAGAAGAGCUAAUAUCGCGUUAAUCAAGAUAGUUCAGCGUCAAGCAUAUUCUCAAGAAAUUAAAGAGUUGAGCAAGGAAGGAAAUUUCAAGAGUGUAGCCAGAAGUAGUCGCAUCAUAGCGCUAAAUCCAUUUUUAGACGAGCAAGGAAUCCUGCGAGUGGCGGCCGUCUGA